AUGAAUCAACAUUCCUAUAAACAUGGUUAUCUCCAGACAAAAUCUUUAUUUUGGACUUCUAAUUACUAUUAUUUAGAUCAUAAGCAUUUCUUUAAAUUUGAGAAUGAUAAAGUAAAAAUAAUUUAAAGAAUAAGUCUCAUUCACCUAUUGAAGUAAUUAUUUUGGAAUAGGCUAAAGUAGAGGGUCCGGAUAAAAUUGAUGAUUUAUUUUAUUUCACUUUGAUUCAUCAAGAUUAUUCAACCGUAUACAGAGCUAUUUCUUUAAAAGAUGCAGAAGAAUGGGUUGCUCAACUUAAACUUUCAAUAGUAAUGAUUUACUUUAAAAAAGAAUUUAUUAUCAAAUCAACCUGUUUUAGUUAGCCAUCAUACUUUACAUACAACAAUAGAGGAUGAAUGUAAUGAUGAAAUUGAACUUCUAUAAUAAAAUGUUGAUUGGAAAUUACAUAAAAUCUAUGAUAAAUUACGACUAUACUAUUCUGAUGAUUCUAAAUUUCAUUAUCUAAAGGGUAAUUGGGUUAUAGAUAAACCAAUGAAAAUGAUAAAAAAAAUUUUUAUAAAUGAAAAUAAUUUGAUCUAUUUUCAACCGAGCUUAAAGAAUCAUCAAAGCAUAAAAUGCAAUCAAUUUCAAUAGAAAUAUUAAAUUUGUUUUAGUAAAAAGAAAAAGGAUUAGCAUUAAACUAAUAUUCAUAUUACUUAUGUAAGAAAAUAGUAAAUAAAAUCUGGCUAUUUUAUAAUACAAAGGGAUGUAUAAAAUUCUUAAAUAUUAAGGGUAAGAUUAUUAAUAUAUAAUAGAUUAAUUUCUAAAUAUUUGAAAAUCAUCAAAAUAUAAAUUAAACAUAAUGUGAGAUAUUAAUUAUUCUUAAGAAGUCUAAGGAUAAAUUAAUGCAUAAGUUUGCAAAAGAAUAUAUAAUAAAUCAUUAAAUUAUAAAUUAUGAAUAUGAUCAUGUAUAUAUGUUUAAGUAAAUUAGAUUAUUGAAAAAAUUUAAGAGAAGUCUGAAGUAAUAAUAUAAACUUAAAAUGGUAUAGGAUAAUAAAAUAAAAAGGAUGGUUUAGAAGUUUAUUUUUUACCUAAUGAUCAUUUAGGUUAUUAAGAUGUUAAUCCUGAUAGAAAUCAUCCUGCUUUAUAAAAUGAAGAAAGAUAUCUAAGAUUUACUUAAUUAAAUGUAUUGAUUGAAAAUAGAAUAGGACAAUGAAAAGGAGAUUUUGAACCAAUUUAGGGUGAGAAUGAAAAAUUUGGCAUUAAAUGAUAAUGCAUUGAUUAGACAUCUUUAAGCUAGAUAAUUUGAUUUAAAUGCAGCUGAGAAAAUGCUAAUAGAUGUUUUAAAAUGGAGGAAAGAAAAUAAUAUAAAUUCUUAUGAUUAUAAAAAUGAAAAGUAUGAUUAUUUUAGAAAGUAAAAUAUUUUGAUAAUGUUGGGAGAAGGCAAAGUAUAAAAAUAUAAAUAUUAAAAAUAAUAGUUAGGUCAUCCAAUAUUUUAUAUAAGAGCAGAAAAUCUAUUACCUGAUGAAUAUAAAGAACCUAAUCCAACGAUUGAAAUAUUUAUAGAAUAUUUCUGUAGUUUGAUGGAACAUAACAUUAGUAAGUAAUAAAUAAUAUGUAAUUAUGUAAAAAAGUAUGAGAGGACACAUUGAUUGUUAAAUCUUAAUAAUUGAUUGUUUUAACUUGAGUAGAAAAAAUGUUAGUCUAGAUUUAAUAAAGGCAUUGAUGACUUACGUCUUUAUGAAGUAUCCAGAAAGACAGAUAAGAAAUAUUGUAAUAAAUACUGAUUGGCUUGCUAAGUCAAUAUACAAUCUAGUUAAGAAAUUUUUACCAAAAAGAACUAUCGAGAAAAUGGCCUUUGCUGGAAGAGAUCCUAAAGAAAUACAAGCAGUUUUAUUAAAAGAUAUUAAUAUAUCAGUAAUUCCGAAAAAAUAUGGAGGUGA